CUUCAGUUCUGAGAAUGAGGACUUCAUCUGUUCGACAGCAGUGCUGCAGUGCUCUCCCCAAGCUAAACAUAUUCAACUAGACACGAAAUAUAACAUCCUCCAAGUCUCGAGUAUUCUUAAGAAGAUUAAUAAAUGUUCCGUAAAUGAUCUAGUCAACAUGUCCUUUGAUUUUUUUGAAGCUGAAGAGAUGAAGAAAUACAGAAAAGAAAAUGGACCGUUUAGAAAAUUAAGCGACCUUCUCAAAGUACCGGCUAUUUCGGAGGAGAAAAUUGAGACUUUUUGCAGCUUGGUCGCUGAGAAAAUCAGAGAAAAGAACAACAGUUUCAGGGGCGUGAUCAGCCCUUAUUUUCCAGAUUUAAAAGAGGAGCUUUCAAACGUUGUGGGCGUGAUGGUCAGCGCUGACUGCAGCAUCUCAUGGGCUGAAAUCACCAAAGACUACCGUCUGGACAAUUGGGGACAGGUGCCCAUGUUCAGCGGACAGAAAAAACUUGCUCCCCACGAAAUCCACGAGGCUGUGUGCAGCGCAGUGAAGGAGAUCCCUCAGAGUAGAGUUUACGUUUUUGAGAGCAUCCCAAAUCUAUCGCCGCAACAAUCGUACAUCCAGCCAUACAUUGAGCGAAAGGAGACGCACGCCAUGUUGCUAGCGCUCCUGAAUGCUCGAGAACCUGUAGGAAACAAGGUUUUCUACCUCAGGUCUAAACUCCCCACUAGACUCUUCAAAAUCAUGGUAGGAAAUGAAAGAAUCUCAUCGAGGCCUCUGGUGACCAGGUUGCUGCAGGGCGAGUGCGUGGGAGAGAACGAUCCGUGCCGCCUCACUGAUCUCAACCCUGAAACCUUCGACGCCUUCUCCAAGCUGCCAGGCGUGCAGCAGGAGGCGUACUCGAACGCUCUCAUAUUGGCCAUGUCCUUUCUCAAGUUGCUUCCCAUCGAGAUGAGCGACAGGAGGAGCGGCGACGAGUGAGUAUUGAUCUUCUGGUGUGGCGAGAGUAGCGAGCGCAAGAGAGCCGCCGAGAGCAGCUCAAGUUUGUUGUCAAAGGUGGCCGGCCGCGUGUGUGCUGGUGCAUUGGAAAACGAAGCAGCCUUGCACGACGCCCGAAAAUCACACCGCACGCGAUUGAUGCAGAUGAUUGCAUUGGCACAGCCGCCGCCGGCGGCCGUGCUGAGAGCGAGCGGCAGGUGCGGGCGGGCGGGCGGCCACGCUCGGCCGCCCCCGCGGCCGACAGCCUUGCCCUCGACUUGCCACCGCGCACAUGCGGCAAAAAAUUCGGCUCAAUUCCGUUUUUCCGCCUUCGACACCUUGUCAAAGAACGCUCUCGCAUCAAAAGUGCACUCGAAUGGAAGAAACAAUGCUGAUUGAAUAAAUCGACUGUAACUCUUUAUUUUAUUUAUUUUUAUGAUGAGGAUGUGGUGAACUCUUAAAAUUAGAAGCUGCCUUGCUGGAAAACAAUAAAAAAUUGAAA